AUGAAUAGGCUCCAUUUAAAAUCUAUUCAUCCAUGCAAUAAGUAUAACAAAAACGUUCUUUCUCCAGGUGACCCACUGAGGAUUGUGAUGAUUGGGAAAACUGGUGUUGGGAAGAGUGCUGUUGGGAACACCAUUAUUGGAAAAGAGUUGUUUAAAUCUGAAGUGAGUUCAGAGUCAGUGACAGAGACCUGUGCAAGAGAACGAGUUAAAUACUGCAAAAGAGAUAUCCAUGUGGUCGAUACCCCCGGCAUUCUGGAUACAUUUAAAAAGGCAGAUGACAUAAAUAAAGAGAUUGCGAAAUGCAUCCACAUGGCCAGUCCUGGACCUCACGUCUUUCUGCUGGUCCUUCAGAUUGGCAGGUUUACCCCAGAAGAAGAAAACUGUGUGGAAGCCCUGGAGAAACUCUUUGGACCUGAGGCAUCGAACUACAUGAUUGUAGUCUUCACUCAUGGUGACAAGCUGGCUGAGCAGAAGUCCAUACAAGAGUAUUUGACAGAAGGCCACCCUAAACUCAAAGAGGUAGUGAGCAGGUGUGGUAACAGGUAUUAUGUCUUCAACAACAAAGAUAAGAACAGAGUUCAAGUGGUUCAGCUGAUCAAGAAGAUCGAUGAGAUGGUAGCAGCAAAUGAAGGAUCACACUACACCGAUGAAAUGUUUGAGAAGGCACGGGAGAUUCUGCAACACGAGCGUGAAAAGACACCAGAAAAGCUGUUCAGCCACCGUGAGUUCAUGGAAGAGCUGCGGCAAAAAACUCUCCAGUUUCAGCAAAAGUUGGCUUUUUUAGAGGACUAG